AGCGAAAUGUACUUGUCGUUGUGCCUAUUUAAUGGAAUUUUCCAUGAAGUCAUUUUUCUGUCUUCUCGACACUUUGUUUUGUGGAGUAAUUUUGUCCAUAUGGUCGUUUUCUAGUUUAUCUUGAAUCUCCAAUCUCUUUCAGAUGUCAAGAACAUAGAGGCUGCCAGGUGAUUUCUUAGCAAUUUCGGAUUGAGGCCUCAGCCCAUGUCUGCUAUUCAAAUACACUGCUACGCAAAAGUGAUAAUCUUAAAGAUUUUAUCUCGGUCUUAGAAUGCCCGUUAGUGAAGUGUGUUUGUGGUGGGAGAAAAUCGCCCAUGUUUUUCUCGCUCUACCCAUGUUCAUGAGAAAUAUUCUCCGACUGAGUGGGCGUCAUUAUAGUGGAAAUUGUCAUAUUGACGUCACGUUUUUAAUCCGGAUUAUCCAGUAGAAUUCGCUUAUCGUUGUCGGCAAAUUUUAUGUUUAUCCUUCACAGCAUCGUCUUGGAACCUGUUUUAAACUGAGCUUAGUUAUAAUAUCGACAAGAGUACUGCGAGGAAACAAAAGCCGAAAGAUUCCUACACAGAGAUUAUCACGUCUACUUACAAUCUGACUACUGAUUUUGAAUUAUGAGUAGCAUAUACGUUACUGAGCCUGCAACAAAUGGAAAGGUUAUUCUGAAGACUACAGUUGGGGAAAUAGAGAUAGAAUUGUGGUCCAAAGAAGCCCCAAAAGCUUGCAGAAACUUUGUCCAGUUAUGUAUGGAGGGUUACUACAACGAUACAGCGUUUCAUCGGUUAGUACGUGGUUUCAUUGUUCAGGGUGGAGAUCCAACAGGUACUGGGGAAGGCGGAGAAAGUAUUUAUGGACAGCCUUUCAAAACGGAAAUUCACUCGAGGUUAUCGUUCAACCGUCGUGGUCUAUUGGGAAUGGCAUGCCUUGAGGAAAAUAUGAACGGUAGCCAAUUUUUCUUCACUCUAGGCCCGGCUCCUGAACUUACUGGAAAGCACACACUUUUUGGACGUGUCGCCGGUGAAACACUAUUCAAUAUGUUGCGUCUUGGUGAAGGAGAGAUAGGUCGAAAUGAAAGACCUGUAAGACUUCAUCGCAUUGUUGGUGCUUGUAUUAUUCUCAAUCCAUAUGAUGAUAUCGAACCAAGACAACUUAAAAAACCGUCAGUUAAAUCAAGUUCUGAAGAUGAAGUGAAAGUUACAGCGAAAGCCACCAAGAAUUUUUCCCUUCUCUCUUUUGGAGAGGAAGCAGAAGAAGAGGAAGAAGUUGUAAACACAGUUGUGGAGAAAUUUCGACAAAAAGGUAAAAGUGCUCAUGAUCUUCUGUCUGAUCCUCGUCUUAGCUCAGUGCCUGUAACAGUGAGCGAUGAAGAUGCCGAAGCAGUGAGCCGUGCGAAAUUAGAAUUAGAAAAAGAAGUUGAAGAAAGAAAACGAAAGCGUGAAGAAGCUCGUCGUCAGGAUGAUGAAGCUAAAAACAAGCGAAUUGAGAUGUUACGUCAAGAAGCUGAAGAGUUACGUCGUCAAAUCGCCCUAUCCAAACAAGCUGAGAAGAAUAAACAAUCAAAAGAAAAAGAGGAGAUGGAACGUAAAGCUCGUGAGGCAGAAGAACAAAGACAACAAGAAGAAGCUGCCUUAGCUCGUUGGGAAGCUAAACGAAAAGGUGAACUUGAUGGAGAUACAAAAGCUCUCCAACCUUUAGUAGAUGAUUUAGAUACUUUUUCGGCUGAUUUUGCCAGCUAUAAAGCAAAGUCGAAAAAGGUUAAAAAGGGUUCUGAACGUGAAGCUGCUACCUUAUCAUUACUAGAAAGAUUUGGUAAUCGUCUUCGGGCUGUUAUAGCUUCAGAAGAAUCGAAUAAUAAUGACACCUGCAAACUUUCAGAUAUGGAUGAAUGGAUGAAAAAUCGUCUAGUAUCAGAGGUUCCAACACCGGCCAGAAAAGUUCUCGAUCCUACUAUGCCUCAUCCUGAUCGUUAUGAUCUAUACGAUCCUAGAAAUCCACUAAAUGUUCGAAAGAGAGGUGGAGAUGCGGAAACUGUUACAGAACGAAAAUCCAAACGUGUUUGAUACUGUGUAAAAAAGAUAUAUGCUUAUCAGUCUGUAUAUAUAAAUCCUACUGUAUACUCUUUUUAAAAUAAAGAAUUUUAUGCUGUUAUUUAA